GGGAGGGCGGAGCAGCAGCAUAGGCCUUUGCUGCAGCAGCAGCCGCAGCAGCAGCCGGGGCAGCAGCAGUGGAGCUGCUCCGCCAGGCAGGCUCGCAGUGAGGCCCGGAGUCUGCUUGCUGGGGGCAACCUCAGGCCCAUCACCGGCCGACUGUCGCGCUGCCUGUCCUUCUACUGCCGCGCGGGGGCCAUCACGGAGGGAAGCAGGGAGGCGCUGGCAGGCCUGCUCAAGCGCUUGCUUCGCCUGGAGGUGGAGGAGAAUCAGGAGGCCGCGGAUGCGGCGGGUGCGGUGGGGGCGGCUGGGGCGGCGGGGCCGGGGGUAGCUGCUGCGGGGCGGCUGCUGCUGUCAUCGCGCGCUGGCGGCGCAGAUGCGGACGAGGAUGAUGACGAGGAGCAGGAGGGUGACGGAAUGGACGUCGGGUGGAGUUGAGGUUGGACCGACAGCACUCGUGAGGGAGGGUGACUUCACACCAGCGGUGGUGGUAGCUGGUGAAGGUGUUAUGGUAGCCAAGGUGCCGCAUUAUUUCCGGGGAGUACAUAUGUUUGUGUUCGUGCAUAUCACGUAUCAUGAGGAAGUGCAUGUUUUCUGCAAUCGUGGCUUGUACUCCAGUACCCCAUAAGUACUGAAGUCAAGCUCUCGGUUGCAUGGCGUUUGUGUUUUGUGUUUUGUUUUGCUAUGUUGGUUGUCCUGCGUGCUGCAUAUUAAUGGUUGUGUCAGCCGUCAGAUUCUUUUGUUGUUGCAGUUCACCUCAUACUGUACAUUACCCAGUACAUACAGCGGUACUUACCCAACCCCCGCGCUUGCGUACAACAACACACUUACGGUGCCGCUGCCAGUGUGUUUGGCCACUCGUGCGAUGCAUGUCGGAUUCAUGGGGAGCAAUGUUGGGGGGUUGUGUACGGUCGCUAGUCGUGCCCACAGGAUUGCCCACAUGGUUGGCGGGUGGGAUGGCGGGAGUUGGAGGGAAGGCCAGGCGUUUAUUACUAACCGUACUUCGGCACCUUGUGAGAGCCGCCAUCGCCGCCACAACGACCCACGGGUCAGCGCGAGUCAUGUGCUGCUUGGAGGGCCAAUGCCCAGUUGUGGAGUGUUAGCGUACCUUGGCGGAAUGUGGGCGAACAGUGGCACUGGUUGGUCUCGUGCGUUUAUAUUGGCGCGUGGCGCGUAAGACCGUUAAGUCAGGAAACUUGAAGGACGCGCUUUGCUCGGGGUCGUCAACCUGCGGGGGUGUGAAGAGUGGCUAUUGGUCCACCUUCCGGCCAGGGUGACGGAGGGCUGCUGCACGCCAGCUGCGUGCUCAGG